CCUUCUAUAAAACUGAGAUCUGAAUUUGUAGAGAUGAUCACACGUGAAGCCAUGCUACGAAUGUACUUGACCGCCAUCACCAUCGUCUGCCUCGGACUGGCAGGUGUCUCUGGAGUCAAAAUCAUUGAUGGGACAGUCGCCGUACCCCACAGCUGGCCUUACAUGGCAUAUUUGAAGAUAAUAAAAGAGCGAGAGGUGCAUAUGUGUGGAGGGAUCCUCAUUUACCCUAACGUCAUCCUGACGGCAGCUCAUUGCAAAGGAAAGAACAUCACUGUGAUUCUGGGGGCUCAUUUCUGGUCAGAAAAUGAGAAGUCCCAGCAGACAAUACCAGUGCAGGAAAUGAUUCCUCAUGAAGCAUAUAAUAAUAAAACCUUUGAAAAUGACAUCAUGAUUCUGAAGCUGAAGUCCAAUGCUACAAUCACAAAAGAAGUGAAAACAAUCCAACUGCCAAGCAAAGACGAGCGCUUUGUGCCUGGCACCACCUGCUCGGUGGCAGGAUGGGGAAGUACAAUAUCUUCUGGGACUCAAAGCAAUGUUCUGAGAGAGGUGACUGUGAAGAUCCAGGAACGCUGUUACUCUGCUUCACUGAUCUGUGCACGAGGCACCGGCAGAAAGGGAAUCUGUGUUGGAGACUCUGGAGGUCCACUAGUUUGUCAAGGAAGAAACAACAUCCCUACCGCUGCAGGAAUUGUGUCUUACUCUGUGUCAUAUAACUGUGAGGAUGCUGAUCGGCAUGACGUGUACGUAAAAGUGUCUGCAUACCUUAACUGGAUCAAAACUAAAAUUGAAGUUAGCUCUUCUGCUUGAUGGCUCCUCCAGGGCAAGGAUUUGAAGGCAACUGCUGUGUCUCAGCCUGUUGUAGUCCUAAACAGCAAUCCUAUAUUACAUUACCACGCUGACGCAGAGCUCAAUGACACAUAAAAUGCUGGAUGAUCCUUCCUCUUUCUCUUAAACCAUAACCACCAGCACAAGUAACCGCUUCAAUAAAGUCUGCAGUGCAAUGGAG